CACACCCUCUUCCCAGCUCACCUUCCACCUCACCCCCACCAUGGCUGCAUCCACCAUGUCCGUCUGCUCCAGCGACCUGAGCUAUGGUAGCUGCGUCUGCCAGCCUGGUUCCUGUGACUCUUGCACUGACCCCUCCUGGGAGGUGGACGACUGUCCCGAGAGCUGCUGUGAGCCCCCCUGCUGUGCCCCCACCUGCUGCCAGUCCACCUGCUGUGCCCCCACCUACUGCCAGUCCACCUGUUGUCAAUCCACCUGCUGUGCCCCCACCUGCUGCCAGUCCUCCUGCUGCACCCCAGCCCCAUGCCUGACCCUUGUCUGCACACCCAUGAGCUGUGUGUCCAGCCCCUGCUGCCAGAUGGCCUUUGGGUCCAGCCCUUGCCAAUCAGUCUGCAUCAGUUCCUUUGAACCCUCCUGCUCCCAGCAGUCUAGCUGCCAGCCCGCAUGCUGCGCACCCUCCCCCUGCCAGCAGGCCUGCUGCGUGCCCGUCUGCUGCAAGCCUGUCUGCUGUGUGCCCAUCAGCUGUGAGACCACCUGCUGCCCAGCUCCCUCAGGCUGCCAGCAGUCUAGCUGCCAGCCCACAUGCUGCAUGCCCUCCCCCUGCCAGCAGGCCUGCUGUGUGCCCGUCUGCUGCAAGCCUAUCUGCUGCAAGCCUGUGUGCCGUGUGCCCUUGUGCUGUGAGGCCACUCCCUGCUCAGCCCACUCAUGCUGCCAGCCCUCUCCCUGUGGCCCCUCCUGCUGCAGACCCUCUUCCAGUGUAUCCCUCAUCUGCUGUCCUGUGUGCAGGCCCACCUGCUGUGUGCCCACCUCCUCCUGCUGUGCCCCCACCUCCUCCUCUGUGUCCCUGCUCUGCCGCCCCAUGUGCCCCUGCCCAGCCUGCUGUGGUCCCUCUUCCAGCCAGAAGUCCUGCUGCUGAGUUGGCACC